GCAAAGUCGCAAGUCGCGCGGUUUCUACAGCGAAAACUUAGUAGUGUUCCUUGAGCAUUUGCGGUUGUCACAUCAGUCGGUUACAGCUGACCGCACAGCAGCAUCGCGGAGUUAACAAAAUAUGCAUAUUCGGGUUUUCGCUGUUGUUGUUGUAUCAUUUGAAGUUGUUCGUUUUGUUUAGUAGGGCAGUUGUGGGUAAAGUGAGAAAUUAGCGUAGCGGUAUUUGUGUUACAAAAUAAGGUUUCACUCAAGUUUAAUAGAAGUGUUUGAAAAAGUGAAAACAUUUAACCUCUCAUUUUUAACCAGCGUAUGCUCCCGCAGUGGAUGUCAAAAACCACACACAUUACAAAAUGCCUACUACAGUAUCAGAUCUCACACUGCCAUCGGCUACGUCUGCCGCUAUAACAACAACAGCAAUACCAAUGACAACGACUACGAAACCAAUGCCAAAUGGCAAAGUCAUGCAGUCGCAAAACGAACAACAACAAAGUACAGAACUAAAUGACAAAAGUGUGAGAAAUGGCUUAAAAGAAAUUGACGAACAACAAUUUAUUAUUAAGUAUCGACAAAAAUAUUACGAUAUAAGACGUUUUCUACACAACCAUCCAGGAGGCAUAAAUACACUUCGAGGCCUAAAUAAUAGCGAUAUGACAACACGUUUCCUGCAUGCUCCACCACAUUCUGACGCUGCCAUGUACCUGAUGAAGGAGUACGAAAUCAAACCUACACAAUUGCAGAAUGACACAAAAAGAAGGCAUCGGCUGCAUCAAAGUGUGGACGAUGAACAGAUUGCUGUUGAUAAUGAACAGGAGCAACAAGUAUUUGCUAAGUUCAAUGAAAAUGGCAUAGAAUUGUUAGGCGAUACUUUGCAUGAAGAAGACAAAAACAAUAAUCAAUUGGACGAGAGUAUGGAGCAUUUGGUAGAUUGGUCCAAAGCAAUGCUGCCACAAAUUUCGCACAUAACAAGACAUUAUGAUGAAUGGGUGCAUAAACCAGUAGAUAGACCUUUGCGUCUUUUCGGACCAACAUAUUUGGAAAUGUUAACGAAAACUCCUUGGUGGGUUAUACCUUUAUUUUGGAUACCCGUCAUUAGCAAAUGCUUAUGGGAUGAGUUUUCACCCUUUUGGAAUACAGCUAGCUUAAAUGAGUUAUCAUUUAUGACCGCCUAUUUUGCUGCCGGCAUACUCUUGUGGACUUUUCUUGAAUAUGUGCUCCAUCGAUUUGUGUUCCAUAUGAAGGUGAAUGCUGACACUCAUCCACUCUUGUGCUCAUUUCAUUUUAUGAUACAUGGACUGCAUCAUAAAGUGCCUUUCGAUUCGAUGCGCCUUGUUUUUCCACCACUGCCGGGCGUUGUUAUUGCCAGCAUACUUUACGCGCCUCUCAGUGUAUUGUUGCCACAACCACGUAUUGUGUUAGCCGGCGCACUCAGCGGUUAUCUAUGUUAUGAUUUGAUGCAUUACUACCUCCACUAUGGAAAUCCUUCACUAGAACAUACACGCUUCAUGUACAAUAUGAAACGGUAUCACUAUCAACACCAUUUCGCACACCAAGAUAUGGGCUAUGGCAUUAGCAGUCCACUAUGGGAUGUCGUAUUUAAUACACGAAUACAUUUACGUAAACUACGUUACACAUUGCGUUGGCGGUAAUUGAAGUUAAAUGCCCGUAUAACAAAAUAUAUUUAAGACUAAUAUUAUUAAAUAAUGUAGUUUACUUAAAUGCCGUCUUGCAUUGGCUUGUGGAAAGUGUUUUCUACUACUUUUAAUUCACACUUUUUAUAAGUAAAAACAUUACCAAAGAGGAAAAUAUAUGAUAAAUCAUUCCUAAACCUGAGUGUACAUAUUGUUUUAGAUACACGCAUUCAGAAAGGUUGAAUCCAUUUUGUUAUGUAUUUGUGGUAGCUUUAUUCAUUAUUUAAGUAUUAAGUACAGUUCCAUAUGGACAUUAAGUAGUUUUGCGAUGAUUAUAUAGACCAAAUAAAAUGUAAAAUUAGAAAUACAUUUGGAAA